UCAGACCAGCGGCCAUCUUCUGGCACCCUCCCUGCUCCCUGGAGGGUCUGAGAGCCCAGGGGGACCAGGGGAAGACGUGGCUGAUGGGCAGGCUCUGAGGGCACAGGGUGUGACAGCCAUCCACAUGGUGACCCCAGCUGCUCUCUGGGGAUGUACUGGGCAGGCUUGGCUUCGGGCCAAGAUCCAGACACCGCCCCCCCUACCCCUCAGUGGUCAGGGAAGCUGGCUGGGGGGAAGUUGGGUGUCUCAAGGAGCAAGGGUCUGCCCAUCCCUGGGCAGGGGCUGGGCAGGGUAGGGAAAAUAGCUUUCCUUUCCUUCCUGGUGAAGGAAAAAGAGGCCACUUUAACCCAGAGAAUGUGCACGCUGGUCCCGUUCCCACUACGUGCUGCAGCUUACGUGUGGGGGAGGGUCCAGGCCAUUUGGGGUCAGGCAGUGUCUCUAGGGGCCAGGGACAGUCUGUGCCCUUGCUUGGGUCUUGGGUAGGGGUCUGGGAGUUGGGGGCCUCCUGGGGCCUCGUCAAUGUAGUGGUCAAUCCUGGGGGAAGUCCAGUGUUGGCGGUUGGGGGUGGGAGCAGAAUGGUGACACAGCCCCACCUCAGAAGCCUGGUCCGUGCUGGGCCUGCUGGACCCCUGAGCCCCACCACGGGGAGUAAGGGGGACAGCAAUGGAAACUGGGCUUCCUGGAAGAGGUGGAUGGAGUGCCACAGGCAGCCCAGGGCACAAAGGGUGUGGGCCACAGGCAGCUGUGGUUUGGGUGGCCCUGGGCUGCCCUGCUCACUGGCUCACUGGUCACGAGCUUGUGAAUGCCAGGGAGCACGGCCGAAGCCCAGGUGUAAAGCUACUCCCUACUCCCGCCCUUGAGCGGCUGAGCUGCUGAUUCAUGGCAGGAGGGCGGGGCAGAAGGCCCUAGGGAUCCUGUUACCCACCAGCCCAGUGAGCUCCUGGGGUGCCCCCACAUCCUUUCUAAGACCCAGGUUCCUGGGCUGGGGAAGGGGUGCCAGGGUGGGGCUUUGCCCUCUGGAGCAUCUGGUCCAGGAUGGGGCCAGACCUAUGGGAGGACAAGGCCCACACAGACGGGUCGGGCUGAGGGCCCCAGCAGGUCCCCAUCCCUGCUGGAGAGAGUGCAGCCACUCUCAGCCUGGGCUUUGCAGGACAGGACAGGCAGGGGUGGGAUGGGCAGGGGCACCAGUACUUGCAAUGCUUGGAGCAGGCACCCCACAGAUGGGGGGAGCAGGGGGAGGAGCUGGAGGUCCAAACGGGCCCACGGGGACCUAUGGGACUGAGAGGCCUGGGGUCAGUGGCCACAGGGGUGGGGUUGGGGAUGCAGCCUGAGGAGUUUGGGGGGACCCCUCCGUGUAGAAAGAGGGAUACAGGCAGGACAGGUGCAGAUGGGCCCCCCGUUGGGGGACGGAUCAGGCGCAGUGGUAGGGCAUCCUUGGGGGCGGCCUGGGAAGUUGACCCUGGGAACACAGGGCUCAGCCCGACUUGAGGCUGCGGAUAGAAGUCAGCGCUCAGGCUGUCAAGGAUGGGCCCUGCGCCCUGGAACCGUGGGGAGUUAGGACGGGAGCCCGGGGGCUCCUGCUGAGACCCCCCAGGGCAGGGAAGUUCAGCCAAAGGGGAGAGGCUGGCAGGGGUAUCUCCGCGCCGCGUCCGGCCCGUUAUGGGGACGAAGCUGCGGGGCGGCCCUCCCCUCCCCCUGCGCUUCCCCCCAGGCUCCGGCCCUCCCCCGGCGGCGGCCGCCUCGGGUUUCCGGAGGGGCCAGAGGGCGGGCGAGGGCGUCACGUGCGCGCCGUCCGCGGGCCGGUUGGUCCCUGGGCGGGGGAGGGGCUGUGCGCAGCCUGGGUCGGGGUCCAGCCGGGGUCGGCACCUGGGACAUCCCUGAGGGAAGGGGCUGGGAGCAGGAGCGCUCCAGCGGCGGGCGGGCGGGCGGACCAGCGGCGCAGAGCCGGCCCGGGGCGCGCGCCGAGGGAGCCCCGUCCCCGGUCGUGGGGGCACCGCCCGCAGGCUCUGCGGGGUGGGCAGCUCCCGGGCCUGCCAUGAGCUCUCCGCCGCCCGCCCGCAGUGGCUUUUACCGCCAGGAGGUGACCAAGACGGCCUGGGAGGUGCGCGCCGUAUACCGGGACCUGCAGCCCGUGGGCUCGGGCGCCUAUGGCGCGGUGUGCUCGGCCGUGGACAGCCGCACCGGCGCUAAGGUGGCCAUCAAGAAGCUGUAUCGGCCCUUCCAGUCCGAGCUGUUCGCCAAGCGCGCCUACCGCGAGCUGCGCCUGCUCAAGCACAUGCGCCACGAGAACGUGAUCGGGCUGCUGGACGUAUUCACUCCUGAUGAGACCCUGGAUGACUUCACAGACUUCAGGUGGGGGAGAAGCGGCAGGGAGGACCCACCCUGCCCCUGCCCUGCAGCCGACCACCCCGGGACUCACACCUUGUCGGCCAAGAGUGAAGGGCCAGGCCAAGGAAGGCCUGGAGAGGGCAGCAGGCGCCUCCUGCCUGACUUGCAGAGUUACCUGGUGAUGCCGUUCAUGGGCACUGACCUGGGCAAGCUCAUGAAACAUGAGAAGCUAGGCGAGGACCGGAUCCAGUUCCUCGUGUACCAGAUGCUGAAGGGGCUGAGGUAUAUCCACGCUGCCGGCAUCAUCCACAGAGACCUGAAGCCCGGCAACCUGGCUGUGAACGAAGACUGUGAGCUGAAGAUCCUGGACUUUGGCCUGGCCAGGCAGGCAGACAGUGAGAUGACUGGGUACGUGGUGACCCGGUGGUACCGAGCUCCCGAGGUCAUCUUGAAUUGGAUGCGCUACACGCAGACGGGUGAGAAGCUGCCCAGAGAUUUGGGCCUCUCAGCCUGUACCAUCUGCUUCUCCACUUCUUCACGGAGAGCCCUGUGGUGGCUGCUCCCCAGGGAGGCUGUUGAGCUGGGGUGGAGCCGGGCAGUGGACAUCUGGUCUGUGGGCUGCAUCAUGGCGGAGAUGAUCACAGGCAAGACGCUGUUCAAGGGCAGCGACCACCUAGACCAGCUGAAAGAGAUCAUGAAGGUGACAGGGACGCCUCCGGCUGAGUUUGUGCAGCGGCUGCAGAGCGAUGAGGCCAAGAACUACAUGAAGGGCCUCCCUGAAUUGGAGAAGAAGGAUUUUGCCUCCAUCCUGACCAAUGCAAGCCCUCUGGCUGUGAACCUCCUGGAGAAGAUGCUGGUGCUGGAUGCGGAGCAGCGGGUGACGGCGGCCGAGGCGCUGGCCCAUCCCUACUUCGAGUCCCUGCACGACACGGAAGAUGAGCCCCAGGUCCAGAAGUAUGAUGACUCCUUUGACGACGUGGACCGCACACUGGAUGAAUGGAAGCGUGAGUGGGGGGCUCCGGGCAGGGCCUGUGUGGACCCGAGUGGGGGGCUCCGGGCAGGGCCUGUGUGGACCCAAGUAGGGGGCUCCGGGCAGGGCCUGUAUGGACCAGUGAGUGGGGGGCUCCUGGCACGGCCUGUGUGGACCCGAGUGGGGGUCUCCGGGCAGGGCCUGUGUGGGCCCCAUGGGCCCUGUGCAGGUGGCCAGCCUCAGAGUCCUAGAUCCCGGUCCCUGGGAUGCAGGUCAGGUGAGGAGGACGGGAGGUCAGAGGGCAGCGUGGGGCCGUGUGGCCUGGUGGAGAUGACCAAUGGCUGGAGCUGGAAGAUGAAGGGAGGGUGUUCCUGGCAGGCUCAGCACAGAGACUGGCACAGAAGGAGCUGGGAAUGGUGAAGGGCUACUGUGAGUCAGGGAACCAGGGCCCCUCCUGGCCCCCAGACCUGCUGCCCUUCCACCAUGUCCAGGCCAGAGACCUGGGCCACCCUGACACCCUCACCACAUCCGCUUGUCCCUAAGGCCUCUCUGAUCACACCUCCUGAAUCUGUCCUUGCGUCUCCUUGCCCCAUUUUUUUUUUUUUUUUUUGAGACGGAGUCUCACUCUGACGCCCAGGCUGGAGGGCAGUGGCACGAUCUUGACUCACUGCAAGCUCCAUCUCCCGGGUACACAGCAUUCUCCUGCCUCAGCCUCCUGAGUAGCCGGGACUACAAGCGCCCGCCACCACGCCUGGCUAAUUUUUUGGAUUUUUAGUAGAGACAGGGUUUCACCAUGUUAGCCAGGAUGGUCUUGAUCUCCUGACCUCGUGAUCCGCCCGCCUUGGCCUCCCAAAGUGCUGGGAUUACAGGCUUGAGCCACCGCGCCCGGCCCUCUCCUUGCCCCACUUUAGGAUCCCUCCCCCCUGAACAACGGUAGACCCAAGACAGUCCCCAGGGCUCGCCUGUCUCCCCCAGCCCCCCUGAGCAGUCCAGACCCCAACCCCAACUGCCCGGGUCCAUGAUCCCCUAUACCGGGGCCAUCCCCUCAUCUUGGAGGGCUGGCCAAGGCCUGUGCAGCCUCAGGCUGGACUCAGGGAAGCCUCCCCAGCUCCCACAGCUAUGCUGUGGCCUGAGGCUGUGCUGGACCUGGCUUCAUUUCUGCUCCAGGAUGGCAGGCUGUGUCUUCUUCAUGGCUGCAUGACCAGCCUGGGGUGGGGGUGCCCGGGGACAGUAGGUGUACACUGGGAGCAGUGCCGUGUUUCAGGCCCUGUCCUGGCUCUGCCUCUGGUGCAGGACCUUGGUCCUCCACACUGGUGGGUGGGGCUGGAUGGGUUGAGGUUCUUCACCUGUGCUCCUUAGGGCCACGGGUCCCUGGGUGCCCGCAGCAGGGCCUCCACCCUUCGCUGUGUGUGCUUAUUUGUGUGCUUAUGAGUUUGAGUUUGGCUUUGUUUGAUUAAAGGUUUCUGCUGCUAGAAA